AUGUCCCCGACUUACACCACUUCACCAGCUCAGCCCGCUACCGACACGUCCUUAAGCGCGCUACUCGCGUCGCAACAGAUGAACGGCCAUCCGCAGUCAAUGGACGCUCGCCAGCAGGAAUACGCCCACCAAGCUCCGCUCAAGCAGGAGUACUCGCAGCAGCAGCCAGGUUUGAAUUCGCCCUACGCUUCCUCGUCCUAUACCGGCAACCUUUCUGAGACCCUCUCCUCCCCAGACCAAAACCAACCUGCCCAGUACCACCCAGACUCUGCGCGCUCUGCCUCUUUCCCCGAGUACCAGCAGCAACCUCAAGGCCAGCCGCAACAGCCCCAGCGACCAUACCCCGAGCAGGGCGCACCCCGCUACCAGCAGCCAGGUGGCCAUCCUCACGCUGCAAUGGCUCAAUCAAGUCGGUCCAUGCCUCUUGCCAGCGCGUUGCGCGACACGCGUUCUGACUCGGCCAUUGCCAUAGAUCCUACGAUAGCUGCACAGAACCCGCAAUACCCUCAGCAACACGCCUACUCUCCAUACCCUCCCCAGCAUGAGAUGCACCAAUACCCUGGCCAGCCCGGCCAGGCCAUGUACGCGCCUCGCCCCGAGUGGGGUGCCUACCACGCUCAACCUAUGCACUACCCCGUGUCAGCCGCCGGUGGACCGCCAGGAAUGGCGGCCGCCGUCCCCAGACCUCCAGGUGGCGGACACCCAAUGUCCACUGUCUACUCGUUUGUCCCGAUCCCCGGUGCGCAACAGCACAAACGUCCGCGUCGUCGUUAUGAAGAGAUUGAGCGCAUGUACAAGUGCGGAUGGAAUGGCUGUGAAAAGGCAUAUGGCACGCUGAACCACCUGAAUGCGCAUGUUACUAUGCAGUCGCACGGCGCAAAGCGCACUCCCGAAGAAUUUAAAGAAAUCCGCAAGGAGUGGAAGGCCAAAAAGAAGGAAGAGGAAGUCGCUCGCAAGCAGGAAGAGGAGCGUCAACGCCAGGAGGCCGGUCGCGCCGCUCAGGAAGCCGGCACUCCGACCCAGCCCGCCCCGGCACAGUACCCGCAACAGCAUAUGAUGCCUCCUCAACCCAUCAGCAGUGCUCAGCUACCACCCAUCGGCUAUGCUCCUGCCGCUCCACCCACUCCUCAGCAAUACGCUCCGCCACAGCAGCAAGUAGAUGGACAGCAGUCCUACCCGGCCGGACAGAUGUACGCCACUAACGGAGGUUAUCCUCAAAGUCCGUACGCUCAAGGCGGUCAAAUCUACCAGCAACGUUAG